AGCACAUUAUCAUUAACACUAACACUACAAGACACGACCAUGGCUACAUUCAAAGGCUACGAUUUGAUCGUUGUUGGCUCCGGGUUCGGCGGCUCUUUCGCUACGCUCAGCUACCUAGAGACACUGAAAGCCAGCGGCAAGAGUGGCCGUGUUGCCCUCGUCGAAGUCGGCAAGGAUGGCGAGCGAUGCGGAGCCUCUCGAUGGACAAUGGCCUAUUUACGACUAGACAAGGAUCUUAACUUUGACAAGGACUGGGUCAAGGAGAUGAGGCGCGUGAGCGAUGGCAUCGCAGACGAGACGUACUGUGAGAAGCUUCGACAUGAAGCUCCAAUAACCGCCAAGUAUUGUGAAGACCAUGGCGUGAAAUUUAUCCACCAUGAUGAGCCAAAUGUGCUUCUCGAAUUCGACACAGAUCAGCAUUUCGUGUUCCCAGAUGGCGGUGGCAACGCCAUCAUCACCAAAAUCAUGGAGCACAUCAAGAGCUAUUCAAAUGCCGAUAUUCACUGGGAAACAGAAGCUUUGAAGCUACUACAAGACGACAGAGGCGCGAUCCGAGGUCUCAAAGUCCGAAAGAGUGAUGGCUUGCAGUACGACUUGCUUGCGCCGGACGUCGUCCUUGCUUGUGGUGGCUUUGAGGGCAACCAAGAGAUGCUGGCUCGAUAUAUUGGCCGUGACUCCCACAAGUUACCGUUAAUUGCACCAGGUAUUCGAUACAACAAAGGCGCUGGUCUUCGCAUGGCUCUUGAGCACGUUAAAAUUUCUAACGCGGUCUCAGGACACAACUACGGCAUUGUGGUCAACAAGGACUGCAAGCGGUUCUAUGAUGAGGGACAACGCCACCUAUUCGCCACCUUUGAAAUGAUUGCGCUCUAUUGCUGGAAAGACCACAACCAGUCCUGCUACUUUGUCACCGACGACCCAAUCAUGCAGCGCUUCAAAGGCAGCUGGGUGUAUGAGACCACUGACCAGCCACCAGAGCAGGCGGAUACGAUCGAGGGAUUAGCUGAGAAGCUUGGCCUCGAUCCACAACAACUCAAGAAGACUGUCGACGAAUACAACGCUGCGGUCAACGACAAGCCAUUCGACCUCAUGAAGCUCGACGGCAAAGCCACAACUGGCCUCUCCCCCAACAAAACCAACUGGGCCGCCAAAAUCGAGAAAGGUCCAUUCUACGGCUACCCGAUGACUGCAAACCUGACUUUCACGUACGGCGGUGUGAAGACUGAUCUUGAUGCCCGCGUCGUGUCGACUAAUGAUGUGCCAAUCCCUGGUCUAUGGGCUGCCGGCGAGAUGACUGGUCUUUUCUACAACGAAUAUCCUCCUGCUACAUCGUGUCUGCGAUCGAUGACUUUUGGCAGACUCGCGGGUGAAAGCAUUGCGAAAAAGCAGGGUCAGAAGCAGACUGUUACGAUUGGCUUGUAAGAGGAUUUUUGGAAUGUGAAAUCGAGGAAGCUGGAUGUAUGUACAUCAUUUGGCAUGUUUUUGGGGACGAUGGAAAUGUAAUGGGAGAGUUCGGAGUCGCAUAGGAAAAGCCUUCGUUGCGUUUUCUAUUGUGUUCAUGGGAGACAGGUUGGUGGCGGCCUCAUCUCAGAUUCUGGUUGCUCAGCCACUGCGAAUCUUUUGAGAUAUUUGCCUCAGUCGAAUUUUGAGACGUUCGGUCCCC